UGUGUGCGCGCGUGGCGGGGGGUGCACGUGUGUGGGCGGACGCGUGAACGUGUGCGCGUGCACCUGUGAGUGCGCGCGCGCGCACGUGCCUCUGUCUGUGUGCACGCACGUGUGUGCGCCUGUCUCCCCGUGUGUGCGUGCACCUGUCGGUGCGUGCGUGUGCACCUGCGGCUCAGCGGGGGCAUGUGACGCGGGUCUCUGCGUGUGCACGGGGGGUGCACGUGCGUGUGCCCGGGCGGGGCGGGGCGAGGUGAGGCGAGGCGGGGGCAGCUGCAGCCCCGCCCGCUCCGGCGCCCUGGCUCGGCGGCUCGGCCGGACUCUGCCCGGCCAUGCGGGCCCCGUACCCGGCGCGGGCGCUGGCCGCGCUCGUGCUCUUCGGGGUGUUGGCCGCAGCCAUGGCCGUGCUCGCCUCCAGCCUCAUCUUCCAGCUGCAGGCGGGCCGGGAGCGGGGCCGGCCCGGGGCCGGGGCCGGGGCAGUGCCCGAGGGGGCGGCCGCCGUGCUCCUGCCGCUCUCGGCCGCGCUGGCCGCGCUCUGCCUCGUGCUCAACCUCAGCUGCCUCCUGCUCUGCCUCCUGCACGGCUACUGCAGCGCCGAGCUCUGCCGGGGCGACGCCGAGCCCGACAGAUGCGUGUGUGACAGGAGUGUGUCUCGGACAGCGCUGCCUGCCUGGGAGAAACUAUUGGAGCAGAAGCCCGGGGCUGGAGGGUCACCAGCACGAGCACCUGGUCCCCUCACAGCGCACAGGCUGAGAGAUGCAAUAAGUCGGUGGAGCCUUGGCUUUUUUAACCUCCUGCGAUGGUUUCCAACCACCUGUCUGCAAGCACCUGGGGGGCCCAAGACCCCUAAAUGGUACCAGAGCCCUCCUGCGGGUGAUAGAGGCAGCAAAGUGCCUAACGUGCCCCCCAGCUCACGGGGUGACAACUGGGCAGAGAACCCAGGAGUCCUGCUGUCCUGCCCGUCCUGGGGCUGGCUCUGCCCUCGGCUACCGCAGCAGCGGUCAGCCUGGCUUCGUUCCCACCUCCAGCUGCUCCCGCCGGCUCUGGGUUCGGCAGAGAGCCUGGUUACCUGCAGCAGCAGCUGCCUGGGAGCCAGACCUUGUCCUUUCCCCUCCCCAAGGAUGGCACCAGCCCCCCAGAUUGCAAGAAGGUUUGACAACAGGAGGCACAGCGCCUGGAAGCAAGAUCUGUGGGUGAAAGCCCAGGUCCGAAGCCUGGAGCCCACUCUUCCCCCUACCCCGGCCCUUGCCAGGCUCUUCUGCCUGCGUCCCAGGGCAUUCAAAGGUGACCUGCAGGGAACAGACUGAGGCAGGGCCCUGGGUCAUUAACCGCGACACAAGUCGACUUAAUCAUUACCAGCGGGUUUACUGCUGCACCAACACUUCUGGAAACACUGUCCUGCUCCCGUCCCCUCCCAGACUUGGGGCAGUUGAAGGCAUCCUUAGUGCAGGGCUGAGUGGGCCUUGCUGGGCUUGGGAGGCAAAAAUAACUGUUUUUUGCAAAUAUGAAGCUCUGAAAUGCAUCCGGGCGGUGGCUCAGUGACUCGGCGCCCUGCACAGCUCUGUCAGGGGCAGGUGCACAGCCCCACGGGAGAUGGGGCCACUUGGGGAGCCCAGCACAGAUCACAAGCGGGUCCCAAGCUCCAGCACCCAUGGCACGGGGCACUGCAAAGCUGAGAUCCAGCUUGGUGGUAAAUGGACUCAAGUCAGUUCAACAGCCCAGAACAGUCCAACACGGGUCCGACUCGCCCAGAACUAGUGUCUCACUUCAGUCCUCGCAAGCGAGCAUGUCCGAUUCUGCAGACACGUCCCGUGGACACCUUGGACUUUGCAGAAACGGAGCUUCCUGCUGCAGGGUUGUUGGAGUGAAAUAUUCCCGACCCGUUGGAAACUCGGCUCAACACCUGGUGCCAACCUGGGCUCUCACGCUGCAUUUCUGUCCAGAGUCCUGCCAGUCACCUCUAGGAUGCUGGCAGAGCUGAAGCGGGCCAACCAGCUAAUUAGACGGCUCCAAGCAAGCUCGUGCAUGCAGGAGGGAGGGCGCCGGUCACACGUAUGGGGUGGGGGCUGUGAUUCAGUAGAGCCUGGGGGUCGUGGCGGUCACUGCCUGAGUGCAGAGCACGUGCCGUCCGGAGAUGCAUGCGCAGGGGAGCACGGAGGAGUGGAGUACCAUCCUGCCCUCCGUGCAAAGCAUCAGCGAGACCAUGGCUGGAUCCUGUGUCUGAGCUGCAGAGAGAAAGCCGUUGCAUUAGCAAGGGCUCAGCCGGUGGGAAUCCUGCCUUCCCGUGUGAGCAGAGAAAGGUGCCACGAGUUUGGUUAGUGCAAGAGGUCGGGGGCGGCCGGCGAUUCCUGGUGGCAGAGGGCAGUCUGAUGCCUCUGACAGAGGCAGGGCAAGUCCCUGCUCCCCACAGGGCACCUUGGCCCAUUCGGGGUGAAGAAGGUUGCUCCCAGAAUGAUUUGCCCCGAGCAGUUUGCACCACUGCCUCACCCAGCUCCUCAGGGCCGUGGGGGCUGCCACGGCUCCGCCAGAGUCCCCACGUGAGCCCAGAGGACGACGGGCCCCGGAGAGGCAGCCUGUCCCCGGCGGGCCGGGUUCUGCUCUCGCUUUCACUAGCUGACCCGGUGCAGGACACUUGGUUUGCACCUCUGGCUCCCACCUGCAAUGUUGGGGGGGAAUCGGGUCCCCCUCCCGCGCAGAUGCGUGCGUGUGCACUUGUGCAUGUGCCUGUGCGUGUGCGGAGCCGUCCGACCAUUUCGACGCUGUCCAUUUGCAAACGGCGCCCAGCCCCUGCAGCGGCCGAUGCUGCUCCUGUACAGACAUCUCGGCAGGAAAGAGUUAAGGGGGCAGCUUGGCCCCGGCGAGCCCCGAACGGCACCUCCCUAUUGUGCCCCAGCCCCGGGUCAUUAGGGAUCCGCUCACGUCCCAGGCUCUUUCCCACGCUGGGCCUGUCACCCUGAAUUAGUGCUCCAGUUUCCAGCUCGGCGCUCAAUAGCCCCAGCCGGGAGCCCGUUCCUCCCCUCCCGCUAAUCCCCCAAUCAUGUAAUUAAUAACACAAAGUGGCUUCUCUUCCCCAACGAGCCGCGCGGCGCGGGAGCUCAGCCAAGGUCUAUUAGCGGCUCCUGACGCCUGGCAGCGACAUGUUUAAGGACAACAACAGAUGGACCAGGAGAGAGCGGGGGCAGCCUCGUCCCCCUGCACCGCCUCGGCCUGGCCAGGGCUGGGGGCUCCUCUCCGGUUGGCUCUGCCUUGCCUGCGGCCCCAGGCCGGGGCGCACAUAUGGGGAUCAGUGCCACUGCCCGCCGAGGGCCUGGCCCUCGGGGCACCCGGCUUCUCCCCAGUGGGAGAACAAAGGAGGCGCUGCAGCCCCAUCCCCUACAGCUAGCUGCUCCUCUCCCGGUCCCUGGGCCACCCCUCCACAGGCCCUGCUCUUCCUGCCCCCCAGGGCGAGGCUCCCAGCUGAAGGCAGGUCCAUGGUGCAAGGCGCUGGGCUGGGUCUGGCCCCGCUCCCCGUGCGGAGACGUCCACCCUGCCGCAGCCACGACCUGGCCGUAUGCUGCCAGUGGGAAGCCAGGGGCUGCCUGGCCUUUGGAAGCGGAGCUCCCUUUCACCCUGGGGUCAAGGUCGUGGGGCUCCCUGCCAGGCAAGCACGCAGUGCUGGGGAUGGAUCCGGGGCUUCACCCCAGGGGGACGCUGGCUCCGCACCUCGUAGUAGCGGCUGAUGGUCCCAACCGAGGGCCGCAUCUGCCAGCCCCUGCCCCGGUGCUUGCGAGGCCAGUUGUGUUGCGAACGACCAGGCCCCGCUCGCACAACUAGCCGGGACGCCGGCUCCGUCAGCACGAGCGGCCUCCUUGGCCAGAACUGGAGCGCGGAGGUCCUCGAGGUCACGGCGAGGAAACAAAUGAUCCAGGGCAGCGCUGGCGCGGCGGACAAGAACGGCUAUUCAUUGAGCUCUCCUGGUCUCUGGAGCAAUGAAUGCUUUCUGCCGAGGUGGGCUGGGGCAGACGGAAAGGGACGGCAUGUGCGGGCAGGAGCGGCGCGGCCUCGCCAGCUGGAGCGAGCUGAACGGUCAGAGCGGGAGGGUUCAGCUGCUCUUGUGCGGAGCAUGAAAUGGAGACGGAGAAAGGAGCAGGGCCUGGGAUACGUGCACACGUGAGGCAGAGCUCUUGCAGGACGCGCCUGGAGACACCGGGCCUGGGCUCCGAGCCAUGCAAAGACACUAACCCAGAGGAAGAAAGUACACGGGACCUUGCCUGACUCACUGAGGCUCUUCCCUCUCCAGGGGUUUGUUAAAGGAAGGAGAGACCGGUGCCCUCACGUGACCUCCCUGCUCCUGCCUCUCCACUCCUUGAAAUCGCCAUUCAAAAGCCUUGAAACUUGCCCGCCUCUGAAAACCCGAGCUGGUAAAACAGGACCCGUCCCAGGCAGAGACGGAGCGAUCUCGUGCAGCAAGGCCGGCUGGGAACCCAAGGCACAGAUAAACACGUGGCCCCAUUUCAUGGAAGCGUUUGGUUUCCGUGGCUCGGUGACGUCUCCAUUGGACUCCCCGUGCUCCAAAUGCUUUUGUCGCGUUUCAAAGCCGUCCCGAGCUGGGAAGCUGGAGCAUGAACACAGGCGGGUUGGAAGGAAAGACCGUGACAGCUCAGAAAGGUGCUAGCCUCCAACAUGGUGGAGACAGCCCCUUUCCCAGCAAUACCAGUGCUCCCAUCAGAAACCCCUCUGCAGACGCACCUUGUUAGCGGGGCCGGGUCUGAGCCAGCCGUGCCCUGGCAGAGGUGGCUGGGAGGCAGGCACUGGUCACCAUGGGCCCCUUGGCCAAAGGGGGUUGAUGCCCACUUAGGGCUGAACCCUUUUAGGGCUGUCCGGCAUUGCGAGGGGGUUGCGUUUCGGGCUGAUGCUCAGCCAACACAGCGACGGCUGAGGGAAUGGGCAGGGGAAGGGCAGAAAGCCUGCCCUGCACACAGACCAUGAUGGUUCUCCUCUUGCAGGGCCGACUGGUUCCUCCUGGACAGCCGGACCGUUCGCCACGUGGCUGUCGGCUUGUUCUGCUGUGGAGUCUCCAUCUACUUAACA